AUGUCACUAAUAGGCAUUGGUUCGACGUCUGAAACCGAUGGAGUGACUUACUACGAUAUUGAAAUCACCUUGCCGUUACGAGCGCUUUCGGUUUCUCGAAGAUACUCCGAUUUCGUCACUUUGGUCCACCAGUUAUGCCUGGACUUGGGUAUAUCGAGUGGUGAGUUCCCAUACCAGCUUCCGCCCAAGGGUUCGUUUUUCUCCAGCAAGGCAAAAUUGGUCACAGAAAGGAAGUACCGUUUAUCUGAGUUCUUGAACAGCGUUAUCCGUGAUCGGGAUUUGCAGAAUAGGACGGCAGUCCAUACCUUCCUCCAAUUGCCUUCAAACUUUAAGUUCACGCCCGCUAUGUUUGAGGAUGACGGUGCAUCUAAUGAUAAUAAGUUUCUUAUAAACGAGGAGGCCGAGGAAAUCGACAAGACACAGUGGCUUGCUUACUUGCGCCAAAUACGUUCUACGCUUGGUGAUAUCCCCAGAGCUGACGAUAUCAAGUCUCGUUCUGUGGCUCGUGAGCAGGUGAAUAAGUAUAUCCAGCCAAACAUCCAAAAACUAGCAUCUGCGCUUUCGCUUUAUAAUCAGAAUGGGGAAAUCGAUUCAUCUGAGUUUGGGAAACGUACUUCUUCGCUUCGUGAGCUUCUGAAUGAGACCGAACGGUUGGUCUUCAAAAGAGAUGUGGCCACCAAGAAGGAGGAUUCGCCAUACAAGGCUUUUAGCAAGCGCUCUCAGCAUAAGGAGCAGCCCAAGGAAACUGAAACAACCGAGUCCUUGGAUAACAAGGAGCUUCUUCAACAACAGCAGCAGGUUCACAAAGACCAGGACCAGGAAGUGGAGCAGCUACGGAAAAUUAUCGCAAGGCAAAGAGAGAUUGGCGAAACGAUCGGAAGAGAGGUUGAGGAGCAGAAUGAAAUGCUUGACCGGUUCAACGACGAGGUGGACGCCUCUUCCGAUAAGAUGAAAGACGCUCGUGCGAGAGCUAAACGCAUAACAUAA